UUAAGCUGUCCACCGUGAGCUGUCGCGAAUCGCGAAGACGCGACGGCCGUCCUUUUCCUCCAGCCAUACCUGAGUACAAUAAUAGAUUUGGCUGGAACCUGCACAGAGCCUGAUUAAAUAAAUAGUAUUGUCUCCCUCUGUAUCUCUCUCGGACUGUCGCCCCACCUCCCUUACGUCGCGAUCUCGCGACGUAGAUCUCCCUAAAUUUUAGAUCUCUCAUUCGAAUCAACCAGAAGAAAAUCAUCUUUCACCCUGCAAUUUCGUGGCUUUUACAAUCUUUUAUCCUGUACGACGAGAGAAUCGAAUUGUUACGUGUCUGAUUAAUAUUUAAGCUCCUCCGGAAGUUGAGAUUUUCCUGCAAACUGGUGCUGUAUUUUCUUUCUUAUGCAGUCAUUGAGACUUAAUUCUGCAGGCAGAGACAUGGAAGGUCAACAGUUCUGUUUACGGUGGCAUAAUUUUCAAAAUACUCUCUUGAGCUCGUUGCCAAAGUUACUUGAUGGUGGUCAUCUGACAGACGUUACGCUCAGUGCCGGUGGUAGACAUAUUCAUGCUCACAGAAUUAUACUCUCGGCUUGUAGUUAUUACUUUAAAGAACUUUUUAAGGACUUAAGCGUUUUGCAACAUCCGGUCAUUGUGCUGCCAGGCAUGGAAUAUGCAAAUUUAUGUGCUCUGGUCAAAUUUAUGUAUAAUGGAGAAGUGAAUAUUUAUCAAGAACAGUUACCUGCACUUUUAGCUAUGGCUGAUACAUUGCACAUUUGUGGAUUAGCUGACAUGGCUGGGAAAAAUUCGAGACAGGAUAACGACGUGUAUGUGCAGUCGCCAGUAAUGCAACCUCAGGAAAGACUGGACGAAGAGAUAAUAAAGACAGAGAAAGAUAAUGUAAUAACUCCUGGAUCAUCAGAAUCUGUAUCAUUGCCUAAAAUGGAUACUUUAGAGGAUGAAGAGCCUAAUAAUGAUCAAGAAAGUAUACCGUAUUGUGUGAAGACGAAGCCCUAUUACUCUAUAAACGCGAAGUUAAACCAAAGAGAAAAAAUGUCUGUUCCUGUUAACGUAUCUGUUAAUAAGUAUGUUGAUAGAGGCUAUUCGGAGAACAUAGCGGACGAGACAGCGCCGAUUAUGGAGGAUCAAGUCACUACAGAAGAUGUAAAACCACCACCAGCUGUGUGGGAUGCAAGUUUCAAGUUGCUUGCGGCAUCCACACCUAGUAGAACUUCUCAGAGUUACAACAAAUCCAGUGUCACUUGUCUUAUUUGUGGUAAACAAUUAAGUAAUCAAUAUAACUUGCGAGUACACAUGGAGACGCAUAGUAAUAGCUCUUAUAGCUGCACAUCCUGUUCACACGUGUCGCGAUCACGAGACGCUCUCAGGAAACAUGUGUCCUAUAGGCACCCAGUAGCUUCUCCUCAGAAACGUCCACGAUAUAGUACGUCAAAACCAUCAAUAAUGUGAUGAUAAAGUCACUAUUGUGUUAUUCUAUAUAGACAUUUUAACCCUCGCUAGGAUACCUUUCCAUCAAAAUAUAUUUUUUGUUAAAAAUUAUUUUUUUUUGUUAAAUUACAAAAAAAAAGAAAGGGAAAAAAUUGAAAUGAAAUUAUUUCAUUAAUUAAAAAUAAUUAAACAUUGUUCUAGAUAUGUUAGAUUAGAGGAUAAUUUAGAAUGAUUACCUAUGCCUAUUUAUGAUAAAUGAUAGAUUAUGAACAUAAUUGAAUUCGUAAGAGCAGCACUGGACUGAUUAAUAAUAAGACAAAUCGUAAUAACAUCUUCGUUUAAGGUGAGGUCCCACGGCCCGAGGUUCAGCAUGGCUCGUCGCACGAUUAGUCUCAAAAUUGAUAUAAAAAAAGGCUAAAAUUGCGGUCCUACGGCGCACUGUAGAAACAAAAUGGCUCACUAUAACUUGCGGCUCAUCAGUUCGCGAAACUGUCGGUAAAUUACGCGAGCAGAGCUCGCGCUUUGAUUGAACGAAAUAAUUAACUACCGUUCGUUAUUGCACCACUCAAUUUCUCUAUGCUUGCAUAUAAAUGUGUGAGAGCUUGUUUAUUAUUGCUAGUCGAGACAUUAUAAGUGACUUUUUCUAUAAUGAAAAAAUGUAUAUGAAAUAACUUUGCAAGUAUUGACCAUGUUCAACAAAAUAUUUAUUUUAUUUUUACUACUGCUACUGUUGGAAGUUUUCUUUCGCGCUAAUUUAAUUAUACGUUAGAUCUUCUAUAGUUCUAUAUCAGCAAAGAAAACUUUCAACAUUUACAAAAUAAGCAUUCUGCUGAAUACGAUCAUUGACGAUCCAAUAGCGUAAGAUGCUUUAUCGGUUCGUCUGCUCACAAAGACUUCUUUAACUCGCGAAACUUAUGCCAAUUUUUGAAAAUGACGUGUCACGAGCUACAAAUGGGGGAUAACGAGCCAUUCUGAUUCCAUGAUAGAUGUAUAGGUUUUCCGAGCUAUGGCGAGUCAUGCCGAGCCACGGGCCAUGGAACUCCAUCUUUAAAUGUACAAAGUGUGAUCAUGUUCCUGAAGACCUUUAGUGUUCGAAUUGUUAUCGCUUUCUUGUUAUUGUUAUAUCGUUUUAAUAAAGACAAGUUAGAUAAAUCGUGUGACUUAGUGAAAAUGCAAUAUCUCUACAUAUGUGCAAAAAUAAAACUGCAGCAAUGAAAGAGCCGCAGAAUCUUAGUUAUAUGGGAUGUGAAUUAUUCUACUAAUAAAGUCGAUACAAAAGGUGCAAAAGA